AUGGAUCUUGACCUCUUUCUAGACCUGUACUUGCCCCCCUGCCAUGCAAUCUACAUUUUCACCAGGAAGAAUGGGGAGCACCUGAACCCCGAAUUCCUGGAGGUGAACCCCGCGGGGAAGGUGCCUGCCCUCAGGGAUGGGGACUUCCUGCUGGCUGAGAGUGUGGCCAUCCUUUUAUACCUGAGCCGCAAAUACCAGAUGGAGGCACGCCGGUACCUGCCCAAACUGCAGGCCCGCGCCCGUGUGGAUGAGUGCUGGCCUGGCAGCACACGGCCAUCCAGCAGCCCGCCACCAACAGCGACCUGCCCCGUGGAUGCUGUGCAGGUGGAGCAGCUGCUGGGGAAGCUGACGCCCGCUCUGGGACACCUCGAUCAGGAGCUCCUGGCAGCCAGGCCCUUCCUGGCCCCUGGGCAGGUCUCCCUGGAGGAUCUGAUGGCAUUCACGGAGCUGAUGCAGCCCGCUGCCGUCGGCUGUAACCUCUUCCGAGACUGGCCCCGGCUUGCGGCGUGGCAGGCCCAUGUGGAGGCUGCCCUGGGCCCCGAGCUCGUCCAGGAGGCCCACAGGUGUGUGCUCCAGCCUCAGGAGACCCAGGGGGACCCCCAGAUGGCCCAGAAGCUGGCGCAGCAGGUGAAGGAGCAGCUCCGCUGA